AUGUUCACAUCCAAGUCCAGUUCUGCCAAGCCCAAGCUGGCCCAAGCUUCAUCUGUACGGGCAGCCGCGACGCUGGGAGCUGCCUUCGCGUGUGGGUUCAACAUCACCGACAAGGCUUCUGGCUUUUAUCUGAUCUUACGCCUUCCCACCCGACUAUCCAAAAGCCCGACGAAAGUCGCCCUCCAACACACCUACCGUCACCACUUCAAGCUCAUCACAAUGGAGGUUCUACUAGGAAUCACCGGCAAGGACUUCACCCUGAUCGCCGCCUCCAAAGCCGCCAUGCGUGGCGCCACCAUCCUCAAGGCAUCCGACGACAAGACCCGAGUACUCAACACACAUACCUUGAUGGCUUUCUCUGGAGAGGCUGGUGACACUGUUCAAUUCGCCGAGUACAUUCAGGCAAACGUACAAUUAUACUCCAUGCGCAACAACAUGGAGCUGUCCCCCGCCGCGACAGCCAACUUUGUCCGAGGAGAACUGGCGUCAGCGCUGAGGUCAAGAAAACCCUACACGGUCAACUUGCUGCUAGGAGGAUAUGACACGAUUGCCGACAAGCCGACUCUGUACUGGAUCGACUACUUGGCGAGUCUAGCGCCGCUGCCAUACGCUGCACAUGGAUAUGCACAAUACUACUGCCUCUCUCUGCUCGACAAGCACCACCAUCCCGACAUCGACUAUGAGCAAGGCAUGAAGAUCUUGCGGAUGUGCACCGAGGAGCUCAAGCGACGUCUUCCGAUCGACUUCAAGGGCGUACUGGUUAAGGUCAUAACGAAGGAUGGCAUCAAGGAUGUGGAAUAUGAGGACGAUGUGAAGGUUGCGAUUCCAUAG